AUGAGAGACUUUAAGAGACUCCAGAAUGAUCCACCCGCAGGUAUCAGUGGAGCACCAAUGGAGAACAAUAUAUUACAAUGGCAAGCAGUCAUCUUUGGACCAGAGGACACACCGUGGGAAGGAGGUACGUUUAAGCUAUCAUUACAGUUCUCUGAGGAGUAUCCAAACGAUCCACCUCAGGUCAGAUUCUUGUCAAAGAUGUUCCAUCCAAACGUAUACACAGACGGUGCAAUCUGUCUCGAUAUUUUGCAGAACCAAUGGAGUCCAAUCUAUGAUAUCGCCGCCAUUUUAACUUCAAUUCAGUCUCUGUUAUGCGAUCCAAACCCCAACUCACCUGCCAACUCAGAGUCGGCAAGGUUGUUCAGGGAGAAUAAGAGAGAAUAUAAUCGCAAGGUCAAGGAGAUUGUAGAGCAAAGUUGGGUAAGUGAUUGA